AUGCUCCUUGCAGUGACUCCGUCUGAGCGACUCAACGAGAUGGUUUCAUCAACUGCCAUUCCACACCGUAUUCGGAAAGGACAGACGUACGAAUCAGCUUUUCCCACACCUGUCGGCCCAGCAUCCCUCUCGUCGCACGACGGACCCUUUCAGCUUCAAGAGUACAUCGAGGAGUUGGUCAGAACAGAUCCUCACGAUGUUGACAAGAUCGUAGCUGUGCCCGAGGCCCCCGAGAAGAGCAGUGCGAUGGAUGACCACGAGAACGGGUUUGGUGGAUUGGCGGACGAACCAAAGGUGGGACACCCGCAUGACGAGUCUGGUGUAGACACGGAUGUAUGGGUGUAUGAACAGUUGAGGUCAGUUUAGCGGCAGCGCAACAGCAUGGCUGGGACAAGGAAAAAGGGCGAAGUUGGACCACUUUGCAUGGCUUGCUGACUUGCGCUUCAAUGACGACAGACGCAUCGUUCAAGACUUCAACUCUCCAUGGCUGGUAGCGUUGCAGCGAUCAUGCAGUCGGACUACGAGCGAAGCGUGCUCAGGCAUGGCAGCAGCAGAUUGGGAGUACCUGUGCGCAUCGCACGAAGAGGGUCGACAGUGCUGCGCCAUUGACUAUGUUGUGCACACAUUGGACGGCACAACUUCACUGCUCAACUCUGCAAGGCACUUCCCAAGCAGGACGUAUGUUCCUACCACCAGCUUGAGGUACUUUGGUAGCGUGGCGAGAAGGUUGGGCAGAUGCUUCACCCAUGCGUGGCAGCACCACAGAGAUGCCUUCGUGACGUGCGAGGUGCGUUGGUGGGCGGCCUCGAUGCUCCCAGUUGCUGGCAAGUAACUUUGUAGACUCACGCGACUUGCGCCUGCGUGUGCCCAGGCCGAGACUUCUCUCUAUGCACGCUUCCGAGCGCUGGUAGCAAUGUACGACUUGCUCGACGUUGACGGCCUCCCACCACUCCCAGGCGCGUCAAAUAGCAGCUCAUCGCAGGAACAGGCAGCUUCGAGCUCCGAAGACGAUUUCUCAUCUCGGGUACCUCGAUCGGGCGGAGGCGCGGGCAAAAUCUUGGACCUAUCCGAGCCUGUAGGAGAAGAGGAAGAGGAAGAGGAAGAUGUGGAGUCCGAUGAAGAUGCGGAGGAAGAGCAGCACGAUGAAGCGGAAGAUGAGACCGCAUCUCGCAAAGCUGCAGGCGAGGCACACGACGAGAGCGAGGGAAGAGCUCUAUUGGACAGAUUGCAAGGCGUCGUGGCCACCUCUGAGGGGCAGGACAAUUUGAGUCCUACAGAUGGCGAGGCUAUGCAGGGACCUCCUCCUGUUCGGAGCCCCGGCUUGGCACCUGGCGCUGGUCGUCGGGAACUACCACCUGAAGAUGCACCUAUGCCGCAGGAGGACUGA